AUGGACAAGCAUUUGCCACUCUACAGACCUGGAACUACGCGUCCGACCGCGUUAAAGUCCCUCCUGGUUGCUAUUCUUGUUGUGACCGCGACUGUUUUCUCUGUUGGUAUAGCUUUCCAUUGGCGCCAGAAUACCGCCUCCCAUGUACCUCUCAAUGCCGCUCAGAUAAUACAGCAAUGUCAAGCUUUGUACGUUCUGCCAGGACCACCAAGUGAUUUCCAUGAAAGAACACAGUCAGACCGCUAUGUUGUUGGAACUCCACCAACACUCAUUCGGAAUGCAACCAUCUGGACAGGAGGCGACUCCGGCCAUGAAGUUAUCAUGGGCGACAUCCUUAUCGAUAAAGGCAUUAUCAAACAGGUUGGGACGUUCCAACAGUCCGUGUUGAAUACAUAUAAAGACUUGCUUGUUGUUGUUGACGCUGCCGGGGCAUGGGUCACUCCUGGUAUCAUUGAUGUCCACUCCCAUCUGGGGGUUGACAGUGCUCCGGCUUUGCGUGGCUCGGAUGAUACUAAUUCUCUGAAAGGGUUGGUCCUUCCUUGGCUUCGUAGCUUGGACGGGCUCAACACCCACGACGACGCGUAUCAACUAACUGUUUCCGGGGGUGUAACGACUGCAAACAUCCUUCCAGGAUCUGCAGACGCCAUAGGUGCCCAGUCAUUCUAUAUUUGUCACUGGUUGUACAAUAAACCGAUCCUCUCUCUAGGUGGCCAGGCUUUUACAAUUAAAUUGCGGCCCACCUCCGAAAGGUCUUCUUCAGCUAUGGUUCUCGAGCCCCCGCAUAGCUUAAACGGUACCCAUGUUGACCAGUCUCGGCCUCGCUGGAGACAAAUGAAACAUGCAUGCGGUGAAAAUCCAAGUAGGGUCUAUUCAAACACUCGAAUGGAUACUAUUUGGGCGUUCAGAGAAGCUUAUAAUACUGCACGCAAAAUGAAGGAAAAGCAAGAUCAAUAUUGCUCUAAAGCACUGAGUGGGCAAUGGAAAAAUCUCGGAGAGUUCCCAGACGAUUUGCAAUGGGAAGCACUUGUAGACGUUUUGCGAGGUCGUGUCAAGGUUCAUAAUCACUGCUACGAAGCUGUCGAUCUUGAUGGAAUGGUCCGCUUGACAAACGAGUUCAAAUUUUCUAUCGCUGCUUUCCAUCACGCCCACGAAACAUAUCUUGUUCCUGAUCUCUUGAAGAAGGCGUACGGGCCAACUCCCGCGAUCGCAUUAUUUGCUACCAAUGCGCGAUACAAGCGGGAGGCAUACCGGGGUUCUGAGUUCGCACCUCGUAUCUUGGCAGAAAAUGGCCUGAGAGUUGUAAUGAAGAGUGAUCAUCCCGUGAUGAAUUCGCGGCAUCUUCUGCAUGAUGCCCAGCAGGCUCAUUACUAUGGUCUGCCACACAAUCUCGCUCUUUCAUCAGUCAUAUCAACCCCAGCCAACGUUCUUGGUUAUGAUCAUCGCAUUGGGUAUAUGAAGCAGGAUGUUGUUAUCUGGGAUAGUCAUCCACUUUCUCUAGGAGCUGCUCCAAAACAGGUCUACAUAGAUGGUGUUGCUCAGUUGAAAAAGCCCCAUGUAAGCAAAAAACCGUCUGACUCCCAGAAGAUCCCAAAGACCCCCAACUUUGAUCAAGAAGCCAAAGAGACCCUCGAAUAUGACGGUCUCCCUCCAUUGGAGCCCAUCCAGUCGAAAUCAGAUACCAUUGUUUUCACCAAUAUUGACUCUGUCUUUACGAGACAAGGCCAGAAGAUUAUUCAUGCCUUCUCUUCCGCCCGUAAAGGCGAAGCAGGCGUCGUAGUCGUGAAAAGUGGGGAAAUAAUUUGUAUAGGCGCUUCAUUGGAUUGUACGCACGCUCACACUGAUAGUGAUGCGGACGUCUUCGAUCUGGAAGGUGGAUCUAUAUCUCCUGCCUUAAUUAGCUUUGGUAGCCGUCUAGGCCUAAAUCAUAUAGAUGCCGAACCUUCCACGAACGAUGGAUCAGUACACGACCCACUGAAGUCUGACUGGCCCUCGCUUCUGGGUGAAGGCAGUAUUAUCCGUGCAGUUGAUGGGCUCCAAUUUUCUACGCGAGAUGCUCUGCUGGCCUAUCGCUCAGGUGUCACGGUUGGAGUUACUGCACCCAGCUCAUCAGGCUUUCUUGAUGGGCUUGGGACUGCAUUUAACACCGGAUCCUCCCAUCGCCUCGCGACCGGUGCCGUGGUGCAAGAUUUUACAGCUCUACACAUCAGUAUCGAUUCUACAAAGCCCAGCGUCAGUACACAAAUCGCAGCACUUAGACGUCUUCUCAACGGUGGAGGAGAAGGAGAGUUGAAGGAUCUUUUCGCCGAUGUUGUCAAGGGAAAUCUUCCACUUGUCAUUCAAGUACAAAGUGCCGACACUAUGGCUUCCUUAAUCAACCUUAAAUUCGAAACCGAGAAAAUACAUGGGCACUCAAUUCAUAUCACCUUUGUUGGAGCCAAUGAAGCGCACCUUCUAGCUAAAGAAAUCGGAAAUGCCUGCGUUGGCGUUGUUUUAAGACCAUCUCGACCAUUCCCAGCCACAUGGAAAUCAAAGAGAAUCUUGCCUGGACCUCCUCUCACUCGUGACAGUUCAAUUAUGGCCCUCGUCGAACAUAAUGUCACUGUCGCUGUAGGUGUCGAGGAACAGUGGGCCUCAAGAAACCUGCGUUUCGACGUUGCCUGGUCUGCACUAGAAGCCGAUGGGCGACUUUCACCCCAAGAUGCUAUAGCCCUUGCCUCUACAAACCUUGAAAGCCUUCUCGGUGUGCGUGUUCCGAACCUAGAUUUGGUCGCAGUAAAGGGGGGGUCAUUGCUUGAUUUCAAAGGCAAAGUGGUGGGGCUGAUUUCACCCGGGCGUGGGCUCGUAGAUUUGGUGGGAUAA